AUGAGCAGGAUGGCGAAACAGGAGUUGCUGGCAUCAAUACAAGACCGCUACCAGGGGUCUUCCAAGAAGGACAAGGGCCGGAUCCUCGACGAGUUCAUCGCUGUGACCGGCCAUCACCGGAAGCACGGCAUUCGCCUGUUGGGACGACUGGGCGAAGCCGCGGACCAAGUGACUGGAGUCAAAGGACGGCGGAUCUACGACGAGGCAGUUCGGGAGGCGGUGAUCCUGGUGUGGGAAGCAUCGGACCGGAUCUGCGGGAAGCGUCUGAAAGCGGCGCUACCUCACCUGGUGGAGUCCAUGGAACGCCACUGA